AUGUACAGGCUACAAACGAACACGAGGGAACAGGGACCGAGCAAAAGCAAUGUCACUGGAAUCCCGUCAAUGAAAACUGAUCAGAACCCUCAUCACCAGCCGCACGGGAGCUCGGGAAGAGCCGGUCCUUGGCCAAGCACCUACACUGGUCAGCAACGGCUCUGUCAACCCUGCUCGAGGCGCAAAGCCAGUCAUGAAUGCUGCAAAUGA